CCUAGUCGAAGAUGAGGGAGGAAGAAAUUGAGAAGCUUCGAGGUGUUGUGAGGGACUGCGUAAGCAAGCAUCUCUACUCUUCUGCCAUCUUUUUCGCAGACAAAGUCGCCGCCUUUACAAAUGAUCCCGCCGAUAUCUACAUGCAAGCUCAGGCCCUCUUCCUCGGCCGCCAUUACCGUCGUGCAUUUCAUCUCCUCAAUGCCUCUAAGAUAGUUCUCCGUGAUCUCCGCUUCCGCUACCUCGCUGCCAAGUGUCUCGAGGAGCUCAAGGAAUGGGAUCAAUGCCUCUUAAUGCUGGGUGAGGCUAAAGUGGAUGAACAAGGCAAUGUUUCAGACACAAAGGAUUCUAAUGUCAUGUACUUGGAUAAAGAUGGUGAAGACCGUGAGAUCAAUAUAUCUUCUGCAAUAUGUUUCUUAAGAGGCAAAGCACAUGAAGCUCUAGAAAACCGUGCCCAGGCUCGAUUGUGGUACAAAGCUGCCAUAAAAGCUGACCCUUUAUGCUAUGAGGCCCUGGAAUGUCUUAUUGAAAAUCACAUGCUCACGUGUGAGGAGGAAGCAAAUUUGAUUUCAUCAUUGCAAUUUGGUAGUGAAGAUGGAUGGCUUUCAUCAUUCUAUUCAUGCUUGAUAAAGAAGUAUGAGAAGGAAAAUGUUGUGGAAGCCAAGUUUCGAGACCUUGAGAACACAAGCUGCAAAAUUGACCAAUCUAAUCCUUCCUUCUUGCGUACGCUGAAAACCAACACUGACCUAUUAGCCUGCAAAGCUGAAUACUACAAUCAGUGCGGUGAAUAUCAGAAAUGUUUUGAGUUAACAUCUGUUCUGCUUGAGAAGGAUCCUUUCCAUAACAAGACUACCUUAGUACAUCUGGCAGCUGCAAUGGAGCUUGGACAUUCAAAUGAGCUCUAUCUGAUGGCAUGCAAUCUUGUGAAGGAUUAUCCUCAAAAGGCCUUAUCUUGGUUUGCGGUUGGUUGCUAUUACUAUUGUAUCAAGAAGUAUGACCAGUCCCGUCGAUAUUUCAGCAAGGCAACAAGUCUAGAUGGAACAUUUGCACCAGCCUGGAUAGGCUAUGGGAAUGCUUAUGCUGCUAAAGAAGAGGGUGAUCAAGCUAUGUCGGCUUACCGAACUGCAGCUCGUUUAUUUCCUGGGUGCCACUUGCCGACUCUUUACAUUGGAAUGGAAUGCAUGCGAACUCACAGCUAUAAGCUUGCUGAGCAGUUCUUUUUGCAGGCUAAGGCGAUUUGCCCCUCAGAUCCACUUGUAUUUAACGAACUUGGAGUUGUUGCCUACCAUAUGCAAGAGUAUAAUAAAGCAGUAUGGUGGUUUGAGAAAACAUUAGCCCUCAUCCCAUCCUCUUUAAGUGAAAUGUGGGAACCAACUGUAGUUAAUCUUGCCCAUGCCUACAGGAAAUUGAAGAUGUAUGAUGAAGCGAUUUCGUACUACGAGAAAGCACUUGCAUUAUCAACAAGAAGCUUGAGUACGUAUGCUGGUUUAGCAUAUACGUACCACUUGCAGGAUGACUUCACUACAGCUAUUACUUACUAUCACAAGGCUUUAUGGCUCAAACCAGAUGACCAGUUCUGCACUGAAAUGUUAAGUUGGGCUCUAAUGGACGAAAGCCGAUGUGGUGUGCCGACUAUCCCUUAGUUAAAUUCUGGUGAACUGUGAUUGAGUUUCUAAGGGGGUAGCUAUAUUCACCUCGUUACGUG